AUGGAACAUAUGUGCCAGCUGGUGGAACUUAUAUACCACCAAACCCUCCAAGAGAAGCACCUGCACCAGGACUACCUAAAACAUUUACAUCGUCACAUGGACACAGACACAGGCAUGCACCAAAACCAACACAACAACCAACACAACAACCAACACAACAACCAACAGUUCAAAACACUGCACCACAACCAACAGUUCAAAACACUGCACAGCAACAACCACAAACAGAGCAAGGACAUAAAAGAAGUAGAGAACAAGGAAACCAAGAAUUCUUAA